AUGUUGGGUGUUUUGUCAACGCAUAAUACCGAAGUUUCUCCAGGAUCAAAAUUGCCCCGUUGGUCAGGCGACUACGAGCAUCGCAACGAGUGGGACUUUGAGUUCCUGGGGUCGCCCAACAACUCGCGAGGCAUGACGCUGCAGACCAACGUGUUCAUGAACGGCCAGGGCAACCAGGAGGUGCUCACCGCCUUUGCCUUCGACCCCGCCGCUGCCUUCCACACCUACACCAUUCAGUGGGGCCCGCAGCGGACCGUGUGGCUGGUGGACGGAGUGAACAUCCGCACAGUGAGCAACGGCAGCCCGCACUACCCCAAGGACCCCAUGAAGGUCUACUUCAGCAUCUGGGACGCCUCCCCCUGGGCCACUGGGCCCCGCACCGCCCGCAUCCCCGUCAACUACGACUAUGCUCCUUUCACUGUGACUUUCAAGAACUUCAAGUACACUCCGCUCCCCCUCACAUUCGGGCAUGCGCGCAGCAUUGGGCUGGUUCAAGGGGACGCGCGCCCUGCGUUGCGGAGCACGGCCUCUUUCUUGGCUCCCACCCACUCUCGCGAGUCGUUAGGUGGAGUCGCGAUGAGGCAUCUCUCUCGAUUGCAAGCCCAAUGCCGCGCACCACACCCGUUCCGCCUGCCAACAGCGCUGCUGCUCUCCUCUCUGCUUGUUCUAUCGGUACCGAUGCUGCCGCGCAGCAAUGCUGAAUUCGGUACCAAGCCUGCUGCCGAGCCUGGCACCUCGGUAGGGACGGUAGACCCACGCGAGGUCGUCGAAACCAUCUCCGAGUCGCUGAGCGAUCUUGCCGCCGCCGUGAAUUCCGGCGAUGCAUGCGGCAUUCUGGACUUCUUCCCUGAAGCUUCGUCAAUACUUCCUCCUCAUUCCCCAGAACUUCAUCUCAACGAGAGCGCGCUGCGACUGGGCCUGGUGCAGCAGUUGCUGGCGCUCGACAUUAGAGUGCGCUUUAAUGUCCUCGAGGCCUGGGUGGGCAAAGGCGACCCGGGGAGAGUCAGAGACGCGAUCCGGAUACGAACGCGAGGAGAUCCGACGAAAGGAUCUGCUGAGCUGGCGCGCAGCGGGGGCAAGGUGACGAGGCAUGAAAGCGGGGGCUUUGAGGGCGAGAGCGGUUUGGGAUGCGAUUCUGGAGGGGCAGGCAAUGACCACUCCAACGUGUGGCGCCUGCACUGGGCCGCCUGGAACCAUGCCAACUGCCAGAACCGCGGAGCACCGCAUUCCACCGCGUGGGGCGGUGCGGAGGGGUUGGUGCAGGUGGGAAGCGAGGGGCGGGCUAGCAGGAAGGGUGCGCGGCAGCUGCUGGUGACGCCAGAGUCCACCGCUUGGCUUACUGCUGCACCCGCUGAUCUCAGCAGCGUGGGGGGUGACGUGCGCAGCAGUGCAGUGCAGGCGCAGGAGGGUGGUGCGCGCGGCCCUGCCAACCCUGCCAGUGUCAUGCUGGGCCAUGGGGGCGCAACGAUGCAGCAGGGGGUACAGCAGGGAGUGCAGCAGGGGGUGGGGACUGGGGUUAGUCCGGAGGGGUUGAGGGGGGGUUGUGCGCAGUGGAAGGUAGAGGCAGCACUGGCAGCACUUACAGUGGCACUGCUGAAUGGCAAUGCCACCGCCGCUGCACAGAUAUUCGUCCCCGGUGCCGUGCUCUUCCCCCCGGCCUCCCUGCCCCUCACACUGCACACCACUGCACAGGCGGCAGCGUGGCUGCAGCCAGUCACGGGCCGCCGGCUCAUCUUCCAGCCCCAGCUGGAGGAGCUGCUCGUGCUGCAGGCUGCCACGUGGCAUGCUCUAGAGGGUGACACGUGGCAUGCUCUAGAGGGUGACACGUGGCAUGCUACGGCGCUCCAGGCGGCAGCAGCAGCAGUUGGAGUGGGGUCAUCACCGACCGUGGUGGUGACACGAGGCGUGUACCGGCUGUGGGAGCUCAACGCGCUUACUGUUCACCUUGUGUGUGUGUAG